AAUGAACGAGCAUUUGGACUCAAAUUCUGAUGAACAUUUGGAUAAAAUGUAUAAUACGUUAACACAUCACACAAAUUUAUUAUCAACAACUAGGAAGCAACUAGAAGAACAAGCAGAACAUUUAGCUCAAGUUGAUACAAAAGUAAAUGCAAUGGAGAAAUUAUACGGGUCACAGCUCGUCUGGAAAAUUGAAAAUUACUCUGAAAAGCUAGAAGAAGCGAAAAGUGGUAAAAAAUCAACUAUAUACAGUCCUCCUUUUUUAACAUCCCGACAUGGAUAUAAAUUAGCAUUAUCCGCAUGCUUGUAUGGAGAUGGAAAAGUGCGUGGAAAGUGUUUAUCUAUCUUUGUAUGUAUUUGUAAGGGAGAUUUUGACGCUCUUUUGGAUUGGCCAUUUAGGCAUAAAAUAAAGUUUACAAUGAUUGAUCAGAAUCCGGAUGAAUCGAAAAGGAGGAACAUAAGUCAUAUUGUUGAACCUAAUAUAUGUAAAGAAAAUAUGUCAUUUUUAGGGAGACCAAAACUGGAAAGAAACUCUUCGUUUGGAGCACAGAAGUUUGUAGAAUUGGAACUUCUACCAACCAGAUAUUAUACAAAAGAUAAUUGUUUAUUUAUUAAAGUCGAUGUAGAUAGCAAACAUAUGAUUUUAUUGUGA